AUGAAUUUUGUAUUGUCAUCUGUUCUUGGACACCACACCUUAGCGUACUUGGAUGUGGUUGUGUACUCCAGGGGCUUCUCGCAACACUUGAAAGAUCUAGAAGAAACCCUGCAGCUGCUGGCAGCAGCCGGAUUGAAGCUGAACAUAGAGAAGUGCAAGUUUGCUGCAACCACAAUCAACUUUCUGGGUUUCACCAUAUCUCCCGGUGUAUCACCUCAUCAAGAUGAAGUUGCAGCUAUUUUAGCAACACUUGCACCGCGAACUGUUAAGGAACCAGACUUCACGCAACCCUUUGAGCUACACACAGAUGCAAGUAGUAUCACUUUGGGAGCAGCUUUAAUCCAACGAGAUCACGAUGGUACACCGCAUGCUAUUGCAUACUAUAAUAGGAAACUACGCGACCCUGAAACUCGUUAUCCAGCCACUGACUCUGAGUCAUUAGCGGUUAUGUUCGGGGAGUUGUCGUCACAAGAACUUGCUCUGGAGCAAUGCCAGGAUCCUGCACUUCAAGAUAUCUUAUCGUAUCUAAGUGAUGGCACUGUACCAAAGAAAAAGCCUCCAGUUUCCCUCUGA